CGGAAGAGGAAACGUGGAAAGGAGAGGACGGCGGCGAGCGGUCAGCGAAGAUGCCCGCUGUGGUGAUGGCGGGCAAGUCUGUUGCGUUCAGCAAGCUUCUGGAGCAGUGCGAGACGCAGGAGCUGGAGGCUCCUGGUGGAAUAGCAACACCUCAGGUUUAUGGCCAAUUGCUUGCAUUGUAUCUUCUGCACAACGACAUGAAUACAGCAAGAUAUCUCUGGAAGAGAAUACCCCAAGCCAUCAAAACAGCUAAUCCUGAGCUGGGAGCAAUAUGGUCUGUGGGGCAGCGUGUUUGGCAAAGAGAUUUCCCAGGAAUUUACUCAGUAAUUAGUUCACAUCAAUGGUCUGAUACCAUCCAGCCUAUAAUGGAGGAACUAAGAGAUGCUACAAGACGACGUGCCUUCGGUCUUGUUGCUCAAGCAUACACCUCAAUUAGUGCCGAUGACCUUGCAGCCUUUGUAGGGCUUCCGGUGGAAGACGCUGUUAAAGCUGUAUUAGAACAAGGGUGGCAGGCUGAUCCUUCUACACGAAUGGUUGUACCUAAAAAAACCGAACCUCCUCCAGUACCACAGAUUCCUAAUGAACAACAGUUGGCCAGACUAACUGACUACGUGGCCUUCCUUGAGAACUGACAAACUACCAUCAACAAAUGAGAGAGAAAGCCCAGCCAUGUUGGUUCGUUGCCUUGAGAGUGACGGAGACCAGCAGAAAUUUCUAGCAGACUUUAACUUAAUCUUGAAUGUACUUGUAAAUAUCAAUGUCAUUAAAUUAAAGGCCCUCCAGGGACUAUCCAGUGUUUUCUACAAAGUAAUACUUCUUAUUCUUUGAAUCCCACUGACUGACUUUAGGGGAAGGCAACAUUAUGGAGUCUAGAACUUCCUGCUGUGUUUUGAGUUUAUCCUCUGAAUUGGACUGUUUAUUCAGAAAAACAAACAAAAAUCCACAUAAUACAGUCACGCACUUGGUUCUCUGUCUUGGGGCGGGGGGGGGAGGAUUUUUUUUCAUGAUGUGCAUAGUUAACAAGCUAAAUUAUACUAAAUGAGAAGGAUUUUUUUUCCUUAAAAGUUAUUCAUAUCUGGAUUCUAGAGUAAUGUGUAGACAUUAACUUUGAAUGCAUUUUGGAAAGCUCUACUUUGUAUUUUAUGCUGAUUAGCAAUGGAUUUAAUGUUGUGAAGCAAUACUUAAAUCUUUUAUCUUUGGAGGAUAAAGUUGGUACUUGUGUAUAGAGAUGAAAAGACUGCAUUCAGUCUAAACGUAUUGAGUGAACUUUCAGUUUUAACCUAUUGAGUGGAGACGUAACUGAAGUGGGGUGUUGAAAUUAACCAAAUAGUCACUACAAUCAAGCAUAUUUCAUGGAUAUUUAUGCAGAUGGCAGGAGGCUAGUUGAUUCAUUAGGCCUAAUCUCUUCAAAAUAUUUUCAGUUACCUCAAGUUUUGAUCAGGUGUAUCCAAAGGCAAGUAUGUCAUUACAAUUUCAACCAUCUUGGUAUUUCUGGUGUUUAUUCCAUCUUCCUAGUUUUUCCUCAUCAUAAGUAUAACAGACUUGUAAGAAACAGGAUUAGGGUUUAUAGCUGUCAAGAAUAUAAGCCCUGCACAAGAUCAGCUAUCACUCUUUAAACUCUAGAGAGCAAAGAUUUUAGUAUUUCAUCAUGGAUGGGGAUUUAUCUGCCACCACUUUUUAUAGUUACAUAUUUUACUUUCCUAGAUUUGUCAAUAACAGACUGUUAUGACACGUAGUUCCUUAAUCUAAUGAUUGAUUUGUUUUAUAAACAGUUGUGCUCAAGUAAUGGCAUUGUAGUGGUUCACUUGUAGCAACUUAAAUGCGGCCUGCUUAUUCUUAUUUUUAUUUUCUGUUUCAAAGCAAUACCGCUGUCUUGUAGUACUUUAAUCACCUGGUUCCUCAAAUUUCACCUUCAUUUUUUUCCACUAAAGUUGCAUGGUGAUAGCUUCUCAAAGAGAACAUCUCUGAAUGUGGGGAGUAAUUUCAGAUAAUCCUUACACUGUUCAGUGAGUUGAUGUAUGCAUGACUCACCAACGUAAAUCACUAUUUGGUUUCUGGCAUGGAAGCACAAACAUUUGUUAAAUUUUCUGUAAAUGAUGCAGUCAGAAGUAUUACACAUUUUUCGUUUGAGAGAUUACACUCGCACUGUCUGAGAGUUGUGUUGGACUCCUUUGCAAACUUAGUGGUCUGAAAGUUGAUGUCUGAAAAUUCUGACAAAAACGGUUUUGUACUGUAGAGCAACACACACAAGUAUGCUGGAGGAACUCAGCAGGUGAUGCAGCAUCUAUGGAAAUAAAUAAACAGUUGGCAUUUGCCCAAUUCCUAUCAUCUGUAAAUGUUGAGCAUAAAAUGCAUAUUAUCCAUUUUUAUGUAUAUAUUUGCUAACCAACCUCAAGGGGUGCUUGUGUUUAAGCUAUAGGCAUCUGAGUGGUGCAAUAGGCUGAAGAAAAAAUCAGGGGAGUUGUAGAGGAUUUUAACUGCACUUAAAUCAUGUUCAUUUAGAUAAUGAGCAGAGAGACAAGCAUCCUAAAGGUUCAGUGGUAACUAUAUUGUCAAACUAUACAUGUACAAUACAACUCUGAUAUUAAUCUACUCCAGAUAGUCAUUAAAUACAGAAAGACCAUGGGUGUUGAUAACAGAAAAGCCAUUAACUCUCUCCCCCCCCCCCAAACCGGCAUGAAAAAGAAAAGAAACAAAACUUGCAGACCCCAAAAUCCUCCCCUUGCCUGCAAGAAAAAUGGGCGACAAUAGUGAAUCCUGACCCCCCCCACCUGCAGAACAAAAACAGCGACAGUAACAAUGCCCAACCCCCUCGCCCCCAGAUGAAAGCAGCGACAAUAACAAUCCCAACCCCCUCAUUUGCAGAAAAGAAGGAUAGUAACAAUCCCCGACCCUCUCAGAAAAGUUGCAACAAUAGCGAUAAACCCCCACCCUUCCCACACACAAAAAAUUAAUGGAUCUUCAACCUGCCAGUUGUCCACAAGAAAGAAAGCACUGAAAAACUGAAGGAAACCAAUAUAAAGUACAGUCCAAUAAUCCCAUAUAUCUUAGAAUAUCGAAAACAUUUUUUUGUCUGCAUACGAGAAGAGCCACACAGGCCCAGUCCUUCCAUAAAGAGUGAUUGCUGACCAGGGUUCGAACUUGCCAAUCCGGAUGCUGACCACCUCUGUUGGGAGCCAUCGCUGUUCCCUCGAUGCUUCAACCUUCGCAGCUUCAAGAUGGAAUCCCACAUGACCCCACACCACUAAGCCACCAAGGCUAGUUUCUCAUUAAAAGCAGUAGAGACUUUGACCAUCUCUACUAAAUGUUCUCUUAACCUGCUCUGCUUUAAGGAUAGUAACUUCAGUUUCAAAGCAGUCUCUGCAGGCUGAAGUCUUUUGUCAUGUUUGUUAUAUUUUGUCCUUUUUAUGGGAAUUACAACCUCACAGUGAAUUUGACAUCCUGAAACCUGGUACUCAGUUGUUAAACCUUUAGCUCAUGCUGAGGCCUAAUGAAUGCUUUAUAAAAAGAGAAAAUGAUGAAAAUACUCAGAUCAGUCCCCCUCUGUGGGAAAGUAUGGUAUGAAGUGCUGAGUAAUUAGCAUUUUUCUGCUGUUAUUUUACAUUUCCAGCAACUGCAAUUUUAUUUAAGUUUUUUCAAGUAAAAAUGAUGACUCCAUUUUUUAUUUAAAUAGGAUUUCAAUUUGUGAGCAAAGACAAUCAGGUAUUUCUGUUAAUGCAUCCCUCUUAAAAUUGUUCAAUUCAUUUUAUAUUUAAUUCUUACAAUGAAAUGCAUCAUUCUGUACUUUUGUCUAUAAAUUGUGUCACCUACUGUAUGUAUCUGCUCAAUUCAAGUCUGUUUUAUCUACAGUCUUUCAUAACCUGACUUGUUACUGAGUUUCAUGUCAUUUGCACUCUGCAACUGUGUCCUUUGUAACCAAGUCCAGAUCAUGGGUACCCAAAAGAGAAUUAAUCUUAAUAUCCCUUUACUCGUGUUGGCUUUAGUUUUUGUAGCCUGCAGUAGUACUUUGUCAAUAAGUCAAUAUACCUUGCAUCAGCCACAGAAUCCUUAUUAACACUUUUGUAACUUAAUUUGAGUAUGUCACAUUUGUCAGACAGAACUUGUUUUAGUCGAUUCCUGCUAACAUUAAUUUAUUUCUGAAUCUCAAUUCAUUCUGUUAAAAUUCCCUAAAUGCCUAUUCCACAGCAGUUAUUGAUGUUGCAGCCUUGUUGACAGGUUUAUCCACCUCCCUUUUUAAAACCCAUGUGACAUUUGCUGUUCUCCAUUAGCAAAGCAGAACUCUUGACAGGCUUAGCAGCAAAUAAAAAGAAGGUGGCCUCCGGCAGAUCAGCCAUUUUGAGAAGAGCUGUUUUGAGAUGGAAGUACUGCUGUUGAGGUCAAAGUGUCAACUUUUAAACGCCAGGCUUCACUGAGGAGGGUGAGCAACAUUAAGAGUUGAAGAUGUCAAUGAUGGUGUCGGAGACAGUUUCCUGAUGGUCUGCAGUGGUGUCCUCUUCAAGGGUUUCUCCAGUGUAACGGCUCCAACAAUCUUCUGAACCUCUUCAAGCGAUGGUGCCUCAAGAAGAUGACAUCCAUCACUAAGGAUCCUCCCCAUCGGUGAUGUGCUCUCUUCUCGUACCCCCAUUCGGGGGAUGUGCAGGAGCCUGAAAGACCGAUGCUCAACAAUUCAGAAAUAGCUUCUUCCCUAUACCAUUAGAUUUCAUGAACACUAACUUGUUAAUGUACAGUAAUGUAGAGUUAAUGUAACUCAUUUUUAAUACACAGUAUUUCUCUUUUUGCACAUUUUAAUAAUCUAUUCAAUAUAUGUAAUUGAUUUAUUAUUAUGUUUUAUUUUAUUUAUUUAUUUUUCUCUGUCUGCUAGAUUAUGUAUUGCAUUGAACUGCUGCUGCUAAGUUAGCAAAUUUCAUGUCACAUGCCGGUGAUA